AUGGUGCUCCGGAAGCCUGAUGAGCAGGAUGGCCUCGUGCCAGCGCCCCUCUCCAAGGCAAAUCCUCCAUACCCAACUACUCCCUCGGAAGAGUACGCCCCUAUACUUCCCUCGACUCCCGAUAACAGCAUACGCCCGCCAGGCGCAUCCAAGUCGCCAGCCUUCAACAUUAAGACAUCGCAAGACGCCCAGCCACCUAAAAAUGGACAUGAAUCGGACUCCGACCUCAGCGACGACGAGUGGAACCAGACUGACGAUGAAUUUGAGGAAGUCGAUCACCAGCAGGUGCCCGCUGCCCUGAAACCCGCCGGCGGCAAGAUACCGCCUGUGCCCAAGACAACCAAUGUCACCGACAGCCUUCCCAGCGCGUUAAGAGUAGGCCCGCCCACCGGUAUACCCAUCAAGAGAUCGAAUGAAAGCAUGACAUAUAUGCCCACUGGUGGCAAUGCUGCGUCAUACGGCGGCAGUGCUGCGUCGUAUGGUGCCAGAAGCAACGUAUCGGAGCAAUCAAACGGUUCCAUCCCGCUUCAGACCAACAAUCCGUACCUGAAAAUGCAGGCAACCGGGCAGAGCAACUUGGGCGGAGAAAGUAGCGAAGCCAUCUGGGGAGACUCCGUGAGCAAUGCCUACAAAUACGAUGCCCCAGUCGAGCUGCCAACCCACCAGACACCAAGCACGCCUUCUCAUGAGAUGCGCAACCUUGCCCUGGAUGACCGCGCCCCAUCCGCGCACCCUGCUCCUCCCGCGUAUGACCCACCGUCCAUUGCAGUGAACUCACCGACUCCACAAUCCGAGCACGCUACUACUCUGAUUGACACAAACCCCUGGGAGUCUGCGCCUGCCCAAGGACACUCUCAACAUACUCCCUGGACUGUCCCAGCAGCCAACGCUAGCAGCAGCGAUGUAGCUUCUAACGCGGCACCCGCCCCAAAUGCUCCAGAGAAUGUCCCUGCUGUGCAGCACACGCCGCCACAACCACAGUACACUCCUGAACCAACACCCCCGACUUCUGAAGAGAACCCGCCAGCACUGCCUCCAAGGAUUUCUCAUGAAGACUUGACACCUGCUAUGCCUCCAAGACCCAUUGACACUGGGAUAGGCUCCAGCGUAGCACCUGGAUUAGAGUCGCCUAACACUGCGAUGAACCGACAGAGGAAAGAGCAUUACCAAAUCAAGCAUGUGCGUUGGCUCGACGAUAGCAUCAAGGACAUGCGCGUUUCGCCUAUCCUUACGCAAAACUUGAAUGGGCCGUGUCCACUACUCGCUCUCGUAAACGCGCUUGUUCUCUCCACUCCGGCAAACCUCGAAACUGCAUUGGUUGAAACCUUGCGCACGCGCGAAACAGUCAGUCUAGGGUUGUUGCUAGAUGCUGUGUUUGAGGAACUCAUGUCUGGUCGACGUGGCGAUGCUGCACAGGAACUACCAGAUGUAAGCGAGCUAUACAAGUUUCUCCUUGCGUUACACACUGGUCUCAAUGUCAAUCCCAUGUUCGUCCCGGACCCCAAUUCAGCCGCCGGUCAUACCACGCUUACGAACCGAGCUGGUGCGUUUGAGGACACACGAGACAUGAAGCUGUAUCGGACCUUUAACAUUCCCCUGAUGCAUGGAUGGCUACCAGAAGCCGGCACAGAUGCCUUUGUCGCCUUCAACCGUGUAGCGCCGUCUUACGAAGCGUCCCAGCUGGUCCAGUUCCAAGAAGAGGAGCUCAACACCAAGCUAAAUGCAGGUGGCUCUCUGAAUGAAGAAGAGCAACAGCUGUUUACGGAUAUUCAUGCCAUCAAGGAGUUCCUAAACAGGUGGCCAACUCAGCUCACUGACCAUGGUCUCAAGGUCAUUCGGGACAAUCUUCAGCCCGGCCAGGUUGCCAUUCUUUUCCGGAAUGACCACUUCUCUACGCUGUGCAAGAACCCCUGCAAUGGUCAGCUUGUUACUCUCGUUACCGACCAGGGCUACGCAUCGCAUGACGAGAUUGUUUGGGAGUCUCUUAUGGACGUCAACGGUCAGGGAAGUCAGCUUUUCUCUGGUGACUUCCGCUCAGUCGACAACAGCAAUUCAUCCUCGGGCCAGCAUGGUCAGCAGUCUGGGAAUCUCAUUGACGUUGAAGACAAUCAGGGAUGGACUACGGUACAAGGCCGCCGAGGCAACCAGCAGCAGUCAGCUGCUUCGGGGGCUGAUGCACAGGAUACGGAAUUGACAUCACCCACUGGCCUUAGUAGGGCUGAGCAAGAGGAUCAUGACCUUGCGCUAGCACUACAGCUGCAAGAAGAAGAAGAGGAUCGCCAAAGACGCGAGACGGAGGGGCGUGCACGCAACAAUCAGGUACCACAACCUGGUGGUGUCCGUCCUGAACAACCUCCAGUCAUACCCCCGCGUCGCAACAACAUCACUGGACAUCGUCCUGCUGCAGAACCUGCUCCACCUCCAACAUACGAGGAAGCAUCUACAGCACCACGGUACAACCCACCAGCAGGCCACCCUGCCAACCCCGGAGCCCCUAUACCUCAGCACGGCAGCGCAUACCAGAGCACAAGCGGUAUCCGCCCCAACGCAGGGCGCCCCAUGGGUUCACCAAACAUGGGUCCUGGUAGGCCUGGAAGAAGACCAAGUGCCGGUACAAACGGUCCGGGUGGUGCAAAUGGAGAAAGGGAAAAGUGCAUUGUCAUGUAG